UAUUAGGCUACCCCUGGCUCAAACAGGUAGACCCAGAUAUACAAUGGUCUGAGAAACAUUGGUUCUACUGAUCCUGCAGAGACAGACAGAACAACAUCAGUGUCAUCUCCCCACAGACCUGCGCCAUGCUACUUGAACAGGGUGACUCAGUCUAUAUGAUACAGCCCCAUCAUGAACAGAGAACAACAUAUAUCAACACAGGAUACUUGGCUGCUGCAUCCAUGGAUGAAAAACCUGCAGACAAACCAGGAAUACCACUGCAAUAUAUUGAUUAUGUGCAUGUCUUCUCAGAACAUGAGGCAGGCAUCCUUGCCUCCCAUGGGGACCAUGACCAUGCAAUUGAAUUAGAACUGGAUAAACCUCCUCCAUUGAAACCAAUAUACCCCCUAUCACAAAAUGAGCUUGGAGUUUCCCGCAGGUGCCCUGAUUCUCUUUGCACCCAAGAAGGAUGGCAGUCUCCGCCUAUGUGUGGAUUACUGGGGUCUAAAUUUGAUCACCAUCAAAAACUGCUAUCCAAUUCCUCUCAUCAGUGAGAUCAUGGAUCGCCUAUCAGGUGCCAAAAUCUUUACUCAGCUUGACCUGCGCGAUGCAUACCACCACAUCAGAAUCCACAUGGGUGAUGAAUGGAAAACAGCCUUCCACACAAGAUAUGGACAUUUUGAAUACCAAGUCAUGCCAUUUGGCCUUGCCAAUGCACUGGCAACUUUUCAAUCUUACAUACACUGAGCCCUCAGCGGCCUUCUUGACACAUGUUGUAUUGUAUACCUUGAUGACAUCCUCAUC